GCGAGUGACACGCAGCGCGUCAGGCCACAGGUGAGCGGACAUCGUCGCUGAGCGCGCGCACCGCUCCACUGCCGCUCCCGACCCGCUUCGUCUGACCCCGCGCGGCUUCGCCUGACCCCGUCUGACCCCGCCUGACCCCGCCUGACCCCGCCGGCUUCGUCUGACUCCGCCUGACCCCGCCUGACCCCGCCAGCGAGCGGAUGAAGCGAGGCGAGAAAACAGCCGCUUCCCCGGGGGAGCUUCCGUGCGCUGCUGCUGAUCAAAUAAGCGCUGAGAAAAAUAUGAACUUUACCCUCAAAAGGUUGGUAACCUCGAUACUUGCUCUGCUCCUGUUUGCCUCUUUGCUGCACCAUGGCUUCGAGUCGCUCAACAAACGCACGCAGGGGCCUCUGCAAGUUACCAAAUGCUGCGGCCAGACGUGUCUGCUGCGCACGGAACCCUUUACUCCAGCACUGCGCGCAAACAUUCUGAUCGUGUCCGCCUUCUGGGACAACAGGAAGUGGCCAAACGUCGUUCGUAUUUUGGCCAUCGUGAACCGCAAGAGGCGUUACGCCCUCAGAUGCAAGUUUUGUUCCAGCAAAAGCUUAAUCCAUUAUGGAACUCCAGCCAAGGUGUACGUGCACAAUGACCAUUUCAACUUCCCUUGGGCUCUAGCAGACAUCAUAUGUCUUCCUGUGUAUUACAAAGAACAUUACACUCCCGACUUUGUCGGCUUGCAGCACAAUAAAUCCACGUUUCCACUCAUACCCAUCGAGAAUACGAGAAUACGACUGUCCAAAGAGUUUAGCUUCACCCACGACUUUGGCGUCUGCAUCUCCACCCUGUUCGGAGGCUACAACAACGUGCUGCAGUUCACGCAGGCCAUGGAGAUGUACCGGCUGCUGGGAGCGGGACGCGUCACCAUCUACAAGAGCAGCUGCGGCCCCGAGUUGGGCCGGGUGCUGGCCCACUACGCGGCCACUGGUCUGCUCGAGGUGAUCCCCUGGCCAAUAGAUCGGCACCUCACGCCGUCCACGGGGUGGACGUACCCAACUCACCCGGGCGACGUGCAUUACUACGGACAAACAGCCGCCCUCAACGACUGCCUCUACCGGCACAUGUACGACACGCGCUACCUCGUGAUGAACGACGUCGACGAGAUUAUAAUUCCAGUGGAUUGCGCAGACUGGCGUUGUCUUCUUACAAGGCUCAACAGGCUGUACCAGGCCGAUAUUUACAUGGUUGACAACCACGUCUUUCCGUACACAGCCACGGACGACUUUGGUAAGAUGUUCGAUAAGUGGAAGUUCAUCCCAGGGCACAAUAUUUUGACGCAGGUGCGACGUGAACCUAACAUCCCGGGCAUCUUUAACCCAAACAAAUUGAUUGUCAAUCCAAGAAAGGUCAUUUGGACUUCGGUGCACUCUACGGAGAGAGCCAUUGGUAAGACGGUGCGUGUGCCCGGUAGGAUUGCCAAGAUGCACCACUACCGCACACCCGAGCAGCCCAGACUGCCCAAAAAAGAACUCAUCUUCGAUGCUAAAAUGUGGCAUUACUAUUCUGCCCUUAUUGACAAUGUAAACACCGUUUUGUAUGAAACGGGGUUUCUUACCUAGAGUGGGUCGGAUGGGAACAGCGUGUAUUGUGUGCGAGUAAAGAGCUGGGUUCUGAAGUUGGCGCAUGCGCGACUUCCACGGACACAUUUGACAUGUUUGGUUCCAAAAUUGCUUUUUUGUGUGAAAGGUCCAAAGUGGUAUGUUGUCGUCUCUAGGAUUCUGGUUUCCCUGCGACAUUGAGAUAUGCCCUGAAGCCAGGAGCUGUCGUGGUUAUUCAGUGAAACAUCUCAAUGCUCGACUGAUUGGGGCUGCCCGGUUAUGGAUGGGGUGCCUGGAAUACUGCACGAAAUUAAACAAGCCAUUGCAUUGACAGAUAACACAACACAUUCAAUUCACAUGUAGUAAUGUGAUAGCAAGUAACGAAGUAUUUAUAAUUGUAUCGGACUUGAAAAUAAUAUCUCAAUUUUAUUCAGCAUUAUUCAUGCAAAUUGCAUCUCGCAACACUGCACAAUAUGCAACACACGGAAGUGUACACUUAUAUUAAGAUGUUUUCAGAGAAUGAGAAUGUGUACACGUGGGAGGGAACGGGAAAACGUGUGCGAGGGGGCAACACUCUAUCCCGAACAGAUGGGACAGAUGACAUUAUUCCACACUGUGCUGUACCGCUGUCUCCUGGCAAGCCGGGGUAUGGCACCUCGAUGCCCCGUGCUGGAUUACAGGUGUGCAGACCCACCACUUCCCGGCACAAAUCGUUGAACAAUAAAGUUUAAUCCGAGCCACUUAACCAUCACCGUGAAGCAGAGGAUGAAGGCUGAGGUUCACCUCGUGUGGAAGGCUCCGUUUAUUUUAUUAAGUUAUUUAUAUAAAUAUGAGAGUACACCGAGAGCACGUGGACCUGUGCAAGUGCACAGGUUCACCAAAUUCCAUGCAACAGACAAGCACUUGAUGUGUGUGUAUAUAGAGCUUUAAACUGGUUGGUACACAUACUUGUGUCAAUUGUAUUCACUGUAUUACAAUGGUCAGGCCUGCAAUUGGUAGACAAUCAGCCUAUGAGCCAGGAGCAGCCCAUGGCACUGCUAUUGUCACCAACUGUCAUCCUAUCUGCUAGAUCCCGGCACCUGUUGUGCAGCUAACACCCAGUCGUCACCAAGGCCCAUUGUUGCAGUUGGCCACCAUCUGCCUUUAUAAC